GGCACCAUCAUGGGCUGAGGGAGGGCUUGGCUGACUGUGCACCGCCUCCCUCCCUCCAGCCUGUGAGGGACUGCACACCCCGGCUGCCGGGAGUCAGGUGCUGCCGAGCGGGGGCCGGCUGCUACACUGGGAGCUCCCGGGCCGUGGCUGAUGUGGCACCGCGGUCUGUCCUUCCGUCAGGGCGGUAGCAGGGAGCGGCUCAUCUCCGAGCGAAGAAUGUUAAGUUGUGGAAAUUAAGUCCUAAGACACUAAGAAUGAGUGUGACAUCUUGGUUUCUGGUGAGCAGUUGUGGCUCUCGCCACCGACUCCCGAAAGAGAUGAUUUUUGUUGGACGUGAAGAUUGUGAAUUAAUGCUUCAGUCUCGCAGUGUAGACAAGCAGCACGCAGUAAUCAACUAUGACACAUCUACAGAUGAACACCGGGUAAAGGAUCUUGGAAGUCUGAAUGGGACAUUUGUGAAUGAUGUGAGGAUUCCUGACCAGAUGUACAUAACUCUAAAAGUGAAUGACACUAUUCGUUUUGGAUAUGAUCCUAAUAUGUAUAUGUUGGAAAAAAGUGUACAUACAGUUCCUGAAGAGGCGCUAAAGCAUGAAAAAUACAACAGUCAGUUUCAAAUAUGUUUGAAAGCUGCAGAAGAUAAGAAGAUGGAGCGGUCUGACUUGGGCCAUGAUCAGUCAAGUACCAAAUUAGAAGGCCACAAACAAAAUCUUGAAAAGGUUGAAAAGAAAGGAACUACAGACAGUGCCACAUUUAGACCCACUCCUCUAUAUGGCCAACCAUCAUGGUGGGGCGAUGAUGACGUGGAUAACAAAGGAGAAAGUGAUGAACCCAAAAAAACAGGAGAUCCCAGCAAUGAUAACUCCAAGGAUGUGCCAAAAAAUGACCAGGAAAUCAAUGGGAACAUUUCAGAUUAUAAAGACUUUGGAGAAAAAUCUGUUUAUUCGUUUCGAAGAGAGCCCAGCUACUUUGAAAUUCCAACAAAAGAAUUUCAACAGCCAUCCAAGUCUCCGGACUGUGAGGUUCAUGAAAUUCCAACAAAGGAUACGGACACAAUCCAGUCCCCACGAGUUCAAAGUCAUGCUUCUUUCACAAUUGAAUUUGAUGACUGUACCCCAGGCAAAAUGAAAAUAAAGGAUCAUGUGACCAAAUUUCCAUCGAGGCAAAGAAAGUUACAACAGGUAGAGAAAGUACCUGUGCAAGGGGAUGUACUGUCAGCAGAGAAUAAAGUAGUUGACUGGUUGGUUCAGAAUGAUCCAAGCCUCAUGCUGAAAAGACACGCUCAAAGGGAUGAAUACAGCACCAAGAGUGAUCAUCAGAUUCACAUAAAGACUUUAAAAGGUUGUAGACAUGAAGAUGGUACACAGAGUGAUUCAGAAGAUCAAGUUGCAUCUAAGCAGCAGAAAGAAAAGGACUCUCCUCUAGAAUCACAGCCAGAGCAAUUCCAAAUUUACAGCAAAGAAACCUCUAAGCUAUGUCAGCUCCAGCAUGAGGGGCAAGAAAUGCCAGUUGGUCAACAAGCUUUUGUUAUUGAAUUCUUUGAUGAUAAUCCUCGCAAACGUAGAGCACAUUCUUUCACUCAAAAUGCAAAUGCCAUGCAGACUGAUUCUUAUAUUGCUCUUCGCGCUAAACUAGAAAAACGCAAAGGUACUUCUGCAUGUGAAAAAGGGUCAGUACAACAGGCCCAAUCUCUGGUCCAAUCGACCAAGACUACUGCUAGUCCAGCAACUCCCCAGAGGUCUAAUUCACUAAAGAGAGAAAAGACAGAAGAGCGAUUAAGUACCUCUGCGACUUCGAGCUCCAAAGGUUUACUUCGAAGUUUUGGGAGUGUGGGCCGAAAGAGUAAGCUUAGCCAAGAGUUUGCUGCAGAGCUGUUGAAAGAAACUACAAAAGGUUUUACAGUUGUAGACAAAUCUGCAGACUGUAUCCCUGUGACAAUUGCACAAGUGACAGUGGCACCCGCUAUACCAGCGACACCACUACCACAAGUUUCAUCAUCGACAACUUCAACAAAACCAGCCUCCAAACAGGGUGACCAAGAUAGUCUGAGUGAUACAGGUACAUACACCAUUGAAACAGAAACGCAGGACAAAGAGGUGGAAGAAGCUCGUAAAAUGAUAGACCAGGUAUUUGGUGUUUUUGAAUCGCCGGACUUUUCUCGGAUUAGCACUGAAAUUUAUAGACCUGUAAUAAAUGAUGAAAGCUAUCCUGCUAUAAAGAAUGAACAUAUUGUGUGCAACCAGAACACUAAUACUUACCAGCAAGCUACUUCAUUACAAGCAUAUCCUACAACCAUUAGUGGCUCAGAUACAGUGACACAGAUGCGUCCAGUUGGUCCUAUAUCCCAAGGGACACAAAAGUGGGUCUCUAGAUGGGCAAGUCUUGCUGAUGGCUAUAAUGGUACUGCGCCAGUUAGCGCAUUGCAUGACCUUCAACAAGGAACUGGAGCUAUCGUUGAUAUUGGGAAUUUUGUGAAGAAUAUGGAAACUCUGGAUUCAGAUGCAGCAUCAACAACAAGCCAGUCUUCGCGAAAACGUCGGACACUUCCACAAUUGCCGGGAAGUGAAAAGCUGGAUAGCUCAAGAUCAAAAGAUUUCCUUCAGCAACGUGCUUUUCCCAGCAGCGAAUCCACAAAGAAGUUGGACCUGGAACUGCACUCUCUUCCACAGAAUCAUGAAAAGUUGCACAUACAUGAAGAAAAAGACUUGGAGCCCGACAGCUUGAGUGAUAAAUCUGAUGAUUCUUCACAUGUUCAAAAAGGGAAGGGGAGAAAAUGUAGAAUCUCAAAGGUCACUAGAAGGUUACAUCCAGGGCAGACGUGGGAUGGUCAUGACAGAUCUGAAGCUCGGCAAUGGGUAGCAGAGACAAAUGCGCAAAACGCCAACAAAGAGUUACCAGCCCUGAGCAGUGCUGUAUGUGGCACAGAAUAUGAUCUAAAAUCUGCUUCCUACAGCACUACAAAAGAACUGGAAAGCUCCUCAGCACAAUUGAGAGCUAAAGAAAUGCCAGCAAAAUUUGAACGAAAGCCAAAGGACCAGGAGUUUGGAUCAAAAUCAACAAUUAUUACAUCAUCUGCAAGAUGGUCAUCUGUCCCUGAUACUGUCCAGCCUGCUUUGGGAAAUAAAGAUAUAAUCCACUCCAUAAGUAAAGUGGGUCAAAUAACUCAUAGAAGCCCCUCCCAAGAAAGAAAGAAAACAUUUACAAAAGAGUCUCGAACGCCUGUUAUCAGACGAGAAAGCUUUACUAAAGACAGGCCAAGUAUUGAUAACAUGAUCAAUAAAAUUCCUAAUAUUUCAAGCCAGCCACCCUUCAAAGAUCACGCCCACGGUUCCUACAAUAUAGAUUACACUGAGGAUACGCACCUCAUUCUGAAAGACACUGAAGCUGCAGUGGCAGCCUUGGAGGCAAAACUUCAGUCUCAAGAUCACCAUUUUGGCCAACAAGAAAGUCACCCCUACGCCCAAGGAGAAUCGCCCUCUGGAGAAUCCGAUAAUGACACCACAAGUUCGGUAAGCUUGAAAAGUAAAAGUGCCACGAGUUCUGCACAGCGACAGAGCAGCAGUAAUAGUGUACCCAAAGGCAAAACAGCUCCUCCAGUACAAGAUCUCUCCCAGCCAGCCAAUGCUCUGGAAAGGCUGACAGAGAAGCGCAGAGCCCAGCUAUCAGACGCGACCAGCAAACCGGAUUACAGCAGGCGUUUCCAGCUGAAGCGCAGUACAGGUUCUCGUGGCUCCACAGACUUUACAGAUGAUGAAAGAUCCUCCAGCCUCCCAUAUUUGCCAACUGCUGACGUAGGCUCUUCUGAUCAGGAGCAAUCUCAGACCAGUAAAUCUCUGCUCCGGAAAAAGUUUUCCAGUUCUGUGCGCACAAAAGAGGAUUCAAGCAAAAGCACAAAAUCUUCUGUUCAAACAACCUUAACCCGUUCAAACAGCCUGUCAACACCCAGGCCCACCAGAGCAUCUUUACUGCGCCGAGCCCGCCUGGGGGAUGCGUCAGAUAAUGAAAGCGCUGAUGUGGAUAAAGCCUCGUUAGCUUCAGAAAUAUCCACCACGAGUUCAACUUCCUCAAAGCAGCCAGCAGAUAAGAAGUUAUCACGGCUUGACCAGCUAGCUUUGCCGCGGAAACGCGCAGGGUCUCUCACUGUAAAUAGUGACACAGAAACCUCUGUGAUGAGAAGCAAUUUCAGUACCCGAAGUAUUGAUAUGACUAAUACUAGUCGAAAGUCAUCUAGUAUUGAUGUGAAAGCGUCAUCCAAGAAAAGUGCCGGAGGUUCAGUGAAGCAGACAUCUCGAGUCCGUGCUAGUGCUGCAAAAUCAUCUUCCAACUCAAGAUGGAGACAACAAACUUCAGAUUACACUUCUACUUCAGAGGAGGAGUAUAAUUCAAAUCACACCUCUCCUAAACACAACCGCUUACAUGCUUCAACAGCCACACACAGCAGUAGAGGCCAGUCUUCCAGUUCAGGAAGAACAAGACAAAACCUGGAUGAUGAAGAAGAUCCGUAUGAAAACUGGACUACACAUAGUGCCGAAAUUGCAAGACUCAGCCAAGAUUUAGCCAAAGAUUUGGCAAUCCUCGCGAGGGAGAUUCAUGAUGUAGCAGGAGAUGGGGACUCUUUCGGUUCAUUACCGCCAUCUACUCUUGGCUCCACAAUUUCAGCCAGGGAAGAGAUGCCAAAAUCAUCAUCACGGACAUCCCAUAACUCUCAGUUGGUGCAGCACAUUCCUGAAGCAAGUCUGAACUUUCAGAAGGUUCCCCCAGAAUCUUCAGGAAUUAAGAAAGAUUUGGAUCAAAAUAUGAAUGAUAGCAAAGAUCCAGAUUCAAAAAGAAGAAGCUGGAACAGAGAAGAGGUCAUACUAGAUAACUUGAUGUGGAACUCAGUAUCCCAGCUGUCACAGUUCAUACGAGAAAAUAUGGAGCAAACUGCAGCAAAAAUAAAAAUUCUGUUCCAAAACAAGGAUAGAAAUUGGGAUGACAUUGAGGCCAAAAUAAAUUCUGAAAAUGAAGUGCCAAUUCUCAAAACAUCAAAUAAGGAGAUAUCCUCAAUUUUUAAAGACUUGAGAAGAGUUCAAAAGCAAUUAGAUGCAAUCAACACAAUCAUUGAUCCUGAUGGAUCUCUGGAUGCCUUGACUGGUAAUCAGAUCUCGCCAAUUUCUACUACUUCAAUGAAUAUGAAAGAAAGGACUGCUAAUACUGUGGACUCAAAAGAUUUGCCAAAAUCAGCAGCACAGAUAGUGAAGGAAUGUGCUCAGCAAGGUUCUAAACCAUCCCAAUUGUCUUCGGAUGCUGACAGCAUUGAUUCUGACUCAGAGUGUAAUACUCAAUAUACCAUGAUUGAGCCAAAAAUGGAAGAUACAGUCACUAUGCUUUGAAAGAGCUAUUUAUUUUGGGCCAUUAUUUGACCAAUGUGCAUUGUCAUUGUUGCUAUGUGAGAGUGUGAUUGUGAAAAAGCUGUAUAAAAUAUUGCUGUUAAUGUGACUGAUCUAUUGCACAAAAAAAAGCUUAUUGAAAAAAAUGGAAGUUGACAAAAAAACUUAUUUUAAUUAAGCUGUAUAACAUUUUGGCAACAUUUAUUCAUCAUAGAAGCAAAGUAAAAUAUGAUUAAACUGAGAACAUUUCAGUUUUAGGCCAAACUGUGCCAUGUGAAUACUAUAUAACAUUAUCAUGCACUGAAGAGUAUACUAGUUGCACAGGUUGUACAGUUGUUGCAUGCCAGGAUUCAGCACAAACCCAAUUGAAUAAUGGCUGCAUAUUUAGUAAGUUGUUGCUUUUUUAUAUCAAUGUUAUGACAGGGACAGCCUAAUACUUAAUUCACAUUUGUGGGUUAAAUAUUGAGUAAAUAUUCUGGAAAGGAGAAGUUUUCCUCUUACCAAAACUUUAUCUAGUUUCUUAAAUAUUUAUGGAAUAAGUGAUUAGAUGUAUUCAGAUCAAGUACGUUGUAUUAUUUUGUCACAUGGUACUAUGCAUGCUUAAGGUUUUUGUCACCUUUGAGGGUGAUCAGGUUUUUAUUUUGAGAAAUGAUCUCCAUCCACAUCCGUUCACUUGCGUAACAAUUCUAAACCUUCUAAUGUAAGAUAAGUAUUUCAAGCAAACGUGGCUUCUCUGGUCAGUCAUUUCUAAAAGAGAGCAAAUUAGAAAUAUUCCAAUCUGAAGUGGUGAUUCACAAAUAUAUAUCACAUCACAUUUUGAAAUGUCAAGGUAUAACUAGCAAAACACUGCCUUAGGAAUUAUUUUAGCUCAUGUGUGAUCAAAAUAAAUAUUUAUUUCUCUCACCAGUCUCCUUAGGAUUGACCCCCUAAUCUCUGUCCUCCAGCUGGAAGACCCUUUACAUUGGCUAAUGAACUUCUGUAUUUUCAGUUCACUAGCGCUAUCUUCUACUUAACUGGAAAUUUGCUGUACUGCACAAAGUGGGUUCUCCACUCAUUUAUCAAGCAUAAACUCACAGGAUUCUCUCUGAUUCUUAGGAAUUGAGAAGAGUUUGUCUCAAAGGCAUUUGAAGUUUAAAAUAACUUCACAUGAAAAUAAAGUGCUGUAAUGUGAGAGCAAAUAUAGUGUUGCAAUGUUGUAUGCUUGCAAAAUAAUUAAGUUAGUAUAGAUUUUGGAAAAACAAAAUCAGUUCUAAACAUGGCAUGGAACUAGUUCCUCUAAAGGUGUAAGCGCACAGGUUUACAUUUAGGCUUCAACAUUUGUGAUGUCAAACUUGGAAAAGAAUUUGCUAUCUCUAAAGUUGUUGAAUUGUACAAAGCAGUUAAAAUAACUUUUGGGUUUAUUGUCUCAAUAAGUGAAAACAAAUAUGAUUUUUUGAAAAGGAGAAUGGUAUGAAUUGUCAUAAUUGGUUACAGAUAUCUCUCGAUGUCCUAAUGAUUAGUAUGGUCAAUACAUCAGCGAAAAGUGUAUAGUUGGAUUGAUAAUUUGUGUAUAUUAUGAUACGUCUUACAACGGCACAAUUAUUUUAAAUGCUUUGUCCUUAUUAUUAGAUCAGAACGGUCCACCUUAGACAACACUAGAGCCAAAGAUCAAAUGAUAUGCUCUUAGCAUUGCGUCUGUAUUUAUUAAAUCAGUCUGCUUCUCCAAUCAGUUGAUUUAUCAGAACUUGCAAAGAUUUAUGGAACAGUUCUGCAGUUAAUACACACCUUUAUGCACUAAUUUCUAGAUAUGGAAACUGAGUAAUAAUAGCUUGAGAUUACCUUUGGAACACUUUUUGCAUCUGUAUACUGUACGCAUUGCACAUCUCUGUCAGUUCCUAUGCUGAUGUGUCAAGGCAAUUUUGUAUACUUAUCAUAGCACAGAAACUGGUACAAGAGCGUGGUUGCAAGUUAUUUUGGUGGUAUGGAGGACAGCAAUUAUAGGUGUCUAACAUUUUAUAUGUACAGCAAUUAUAUGUAUGAUAUGGAUUCUUCCCCUCCCAGUGUAUAGCUUAUGUUCUGCACUUACCAGUGUUACCUUUUGUCUGCUAUGUAUGGUGGGAAUCUGAGGUAUGAGUGUACUAAUGCAAGAAUACAUUAUGUCAAGGGUGUUGCAUUAAACUUAUUGGUGAUAUUGCCUCUUACCAUUCCCAUAUUCUACUUUAGUCAGGAUAUUGUUUUAAGUGGAAUUUUAUCCUUCAAAAUGUGGUUAAUUUUUGAUUUUUAUGUGCACCAAAUAUUUUUGAUGCUUUCCUGUUAGAUUUAACAAAAAUGAAUUGUUGCCUUUUUGGCUUGAACCUGUUCAGACUGUUUGACUACAUACAGUAAACAGUGACUUUACUAAUAGAUCGUCAGCUGCUUUAAAUGAGAGGCUAAUAUUGCUUAUUUCAGCAGUUUGGGAACAUAUUGUAUAUUGCUAAUGAAAAAAAAUCUCUUGUAUGUUCACAAUUUAAAUUUUUGAGGACAUUGCUGUUUAAUUGUUCACUAUAAUUUUGCCAAACAAUCUGGAAGAACUUGACAAAAAUAUAUCUGAAAUUGAUUAGUUGAUAUUAAAGUCAGACUGUAGUCUGCGUACAUUAGAUUUUCAUAAUGCAGGCGAAUGCAAUUAUUUCACAAUUAAUGUACUCUGUUCAUAAGUGAUGUCCUGUGCUAAAUUGUCAAAGCGCUUGUUAGCCUGCUGAUGCUGUUUCUUUUCUUUAGUGAUUUAUUCAUUAUUCUGUGUGUAAUAGUGUAUUAUCAUGAGAAAUGCAAAACGUACAGCUUUUAUUUCCAGCUGGAUCAUGCCAUUUUUGUACUGUUGUAUUUCUGUAUGCUGUCUAGCUUUCAAUUUGGUGUAUAUUUCACUUUUUUGCACUGUUAUAUAUAGCUGAGUAUAAUGAGCUUUCUUUAAUUUUUGGCUGGAAUCAAAGGUGUAAUUUAUUUUAUCGCCUUACAAUGAAUGACAUUGUAAAUUUUGUUAGGAUGAAAGUACUUCUGAUUCUUAAUUGUUUUGCACAUCAUGGUAU